AUGUCGUCGACCAUCCCACCUGCAUCGACCGAGCCUCAGGAGCAUCGUCGGGAGCGAAAGCCCUCCGUCGGAGCUCCCAUUGCCGAUCUCCAAGGCCCUAUCGGCCCGGGGUUUAGUCGUCCUAAGCACAAGCGCACGUUCACCGGCCUCGGCCCUGCCGAGAUUAAGCAUGUCGAAGCGAGCAUUCCUGAGCCAUUGCGAGAGGCCUGGAGAAAACACUCGGCCACGGAAUUUAAUACCAAGGACGAAUUCGAGAAAGAGCUCGUACGACACAUUGAGACGACCCUCGCUCGCUCGCUUUACAAUUGCGAUGAAUUGGCCGCCUACUCGGGUACCGCACUGGCGUUCAGAGAUCGAUUGAUCAUCGAAUGGAACAAGACUCAGCAACGACAGACUUUCACUGAUCAGAAGCGAGUCUACUAUCUGUCGCUUGAAUUCCUGAUGGGACGUGCUUUGGACAACGCUAUGCUGAAUGUUGGGCAGAAGGAAACGGCUCGAGAGGGAUUGAAGGACCUUGGAUUCCGCAUCGAGGAUGUCAUCGACCAGGAACACGAUGCAGCAUUGGGCAACGGUGGUCUGGGACGUCUGGCUGCCUGCUUCUUGGACAGUAUGGCAACGCUAAACUAUCCGGCCUGGGGAUACGGACUGCGCUAUCGCUAUGGUAUCUUCAAGCAGGAAAUCGUCAAUGGGUACCAGGUCGAGAUCCCAGACUACUGGCUUGACAAUAACCCUUGGGAGUUCCCGAGACACGAAAUUACUGUCGACAUCCAAUUCUACGGCAACGUCAAGAAAUAUCAAGAUGAGGAUGGUAAGAUCGUACAUUCGUGGGAGGAUGGCGAGAUUGUUCAAGCCCUUGCGUAUGAUGUACCCAUCCCGGGUUAUGCCACAAAGACUACCAACAAUCUUCGUCUGUGGUCUAGCAAGGCCAGCAGUGGAGAAUUUGAUUUCCAGAAGUUCAAUGCUGGAGAUUAUGAGAGCGCAGUGGCAGACCAGCAGAACGCAGAAACAAUCUCGGCCGUCCUCUACCCUAACGAUAAUCUUGAGCGAGGCAAAGAGCUGCGUCUGAAGCAGCAGUACUUCUGGUGUGCUGCUUCACUGUUUGACAUCGUUCGGCGUUUCAAGAAGACAAAACGAGCUUGGAGCGAGUUCCCCGACCAGGUGGCUAUCCAGCUCAACGACACUCACCCAACCCUUGCAGUCGUCGAGUUUCAGCGCAUCUUGAUUGAUAAAGAGGGAUUGGAAUGGGAUGAGGCAUGGGACAUCGUAACCAAGACCUUCAGCUAUACCAAUCACACCGUUCUUCCCGAGGCGCUGGAGAAAUGGUCCGUCCCACUCAUGCAGAACUUGCUUCCACGACACUUGCAAAUCAUUUAUGAAAUAAACCUGUUCUUCUUGCAAUCUGUGGAGCAGCGGUUCCCUAACGAUCGGGAUCUCUUGUCGCGCGUGUCUAUCAUUGAAGAGUCGCAUCCCAAGAUGGUGCGCAUGGCCUACUUGGCCAUCAUCGGUUCCCACAAAGUCAAUGGUGUGGCCGAGCUGCAUUCUGACUUGCUCAAGACCACUUUGUUCAAGGACUUUGUGCAGAUCUAUGGAGUCGACAAGUUUACUAACGUUACUAAUGGUAUCACGCCACGACGCUGGCUCCACCAGGCUAACCCCCGGUUAUCUGCGUUGAUUGCCGAAAAGCUUGGAGGAUAUGACUUCCUGAAGGAUCUUACACUUUUGGAUAAGAUUGAAGCGUUUGUUGACGACAAGGCCUUCCGCGAGGAAUGGGCAGUCAUCAAGCGGGAGAACAAACUGCGCCUUGCUAAAUAUAUCAAAGCUACCACCGGAUUCGACGUCAACCCCAAUGCCUUGUUUGACGUGCAGGUAAAGCGUAUUCACGAAUACAAGCGCCAGCAACUCAAUAUCUUUGGAGUCAUCCACCGCUACUUGAGCAUUAAAGCUAUGUCAGCCGAAGAAAAGAAGAAAGUGGUGCCUCGGGUUUCGAUUUUCGGAGGCAAAGCAGCGCCUGGCUACUGGAUGGCGAAGUCAAUUAUCCAUCUCAUCAAUAAAGUGGCCGAUGUUGUGAACAAGGACCCAGAUGUUGGCGACCUUUUGAAGGUCAUCUUUAUCGAGGACUACAACGUCAGCAAGGCAGAGAUUAUCUGCCCAGCCUCGGACAUCAGUGAGCACAUCUCGACCGCAGGUACCGAAGGUAGCGGCACAAGCAACAUGAAGUUCGUGCUGAAUGGCGGUCUGAUUAUCGGCACCUGCGACGGAGCCAACAUCGAAAUCACCCGCGAGAUCGGCGAGCAGAAUAUCUUCCUCUUUGGCAACCUCGCCGAAGACGUUGAAGAGCUGCGUCACCGCCACUUCUACGGCGACUUCAAGCUAGACCCGCAGCUCGAGCGCGUCUUCAACGCAAUCAAGGACAACAUGUUCGGCGACAAGAACGACUUCUCGGCGCUUAUCAACUCCAUUGAAGAGCACGGUGACUACUACCUCGUCUCGGACGAUUUCAACUCCUACAUCACCACCCACGAGAUGGUCGAUGAAGCCUUCCUGAAUCAGGAGGAGUGGCUGGCCAAGUCGAUCACCUCGGUCGCACGCAUGGGCUUCUUCUCUAUGGAUCGCGUUACUAACGAGUACGCUGAUAGUAUCUGGAACAUCGAGCCUUUGGAUGUUGAGAAGUAG